AUGGGCGCGGUGAGCUCCGUGGUGGGCUGGUUUGAGCGCGUCUUCAGCCGGAAGAAGGCGACGAUUUUGAUGGUCGGUCUGGACGCCGCGGGGAAGACGACGAUACUGGUGAAGCUCAAGCUCGACGCCGUCGAGCCCACCGUCCCGACCGUCGGCUUCAACGUGGAGACGGUGGAGUUCCACAACGUAACCUUCCACCUGUGGGACAUUGGCGGGCAAAAGCGGCUGCGGGGGCUCUGGCGGCACUACUACGACGGCGCCCACGCCAUCAUCUUCGUCAUCGACAGCAACGACCGCGCGCGGCUUCCGGACGCGCGGGAGGAGCUCCUGGGCCUCCUGCGCGACCCCGCCCUCACCGAGGCGAGUUUGCUCAUCCUCUGCAAUAAACAAGACCUGCCGGAGCGGCUGAACCCGGAGGAGAUCGCGCGGCGGCUCGGGAUCGACCCCCAUUCGGGCCCACAGGUCACCGGCGACGGCGUGGGGCGGCACCUCGUGGGGCGGCGGUGGUACAUCCAGGGUUGCUGCGCGCAUACCGGACAAGGGCUUUUUGAGGGCCUCGAUUGGCUCUGCGAGCACCUGCCAGAGGAUAUCUAG